AUGUCCAAACCCGCUACUGUCCCUGAGACCACAUACAAGUCUGAGAGCACCAGCUGUUAUUCCUGCCCCUACUUUGGCCCCUGUGAAGCCUUCCUCUGCUCUGCUGGGAAGGAUACCUGCCUUAGCACCAUGCAGGUCCUAGGGGACACUUCCCUAGAACGAACCGCCGAGACCACGGACCACAAGGGCUGGGAGGAGGCAGAGGAGGCUGCUGAGGAUCAAGGGAAUGACCAGUCUGUCUUCAGAAGAAAUGGCUCCUGUGUGGCACCAAAGGAUUGCCAGCCUCAGUUCUACAGCCUAUCUUAUGGAUACCAGCUGAGGGCUUGGGUCAGAGUCACCUGUUGCAGUGGUAACUGCAGUGAACCCCCUAGGCCAGAGACCCUGCCCAGGAGUAGACCUAGUGAUGUCCUGUGUCCCAUCUGCUCCCCGUAUGAUGCCUCCUGUGACGAAAACUUAUAUGUACGCUGCUUUCAAGAGGAUACUACCUGUGUUAACAUGACCAUGUUUCAGCCUGGAGGGGGUCCGAAUGUCACCAUUCAAGGGUGUGGCUCUGAGAACCUGUGCCAGCUGCCUGAGAACCACGUCCUGGGUUUGGAUUACCAGCUUAGGGGGAAGCCAAACUGCAACUCCAUCCAUCAGGCUGUGCUGGGCUACAAGUGCCAGCACAAUGCAGCCACUUGCUCGUUCUGCGGCGCUCUCCUCCCAGCCCUGUUGGGGCUGUGGAUGGCCACUUGGUUUGCCCAAGAGCCCACCCUCAUUCUGCUCAUCUUCCCUAGCCUAGGCAGGAAGAGUCUUUCUUCUUUCUGACAACAGGAGCCCACCCCAAGUCUGGACUGCUCCAGGGAGCCUCCUCAGACAAAGGCCAGUCCAGAGGACCCCCUCAGAGCCGAAACCCCAGAACCUGCCCCACAACAGUCAACAACAAAUUAUAUAUUAGCUCAUUUCCCCAAACAUUCCAUGUCUUUUCUUGAAUUCUCUCCUGUUCAUC